AUGUCCUUCGCCAUGCUGCGCUCGGCCCCCAGCCGGUACCUCUACCCCGAGAUCAGCAUGCUGUCCGAGGACGAGGAGAACGGGAGCGAGAGCUCCAGCUCCGAGGAGAAGCCCUACCACCUGGACGCCGGCCCCUACGGCCUCAAGGGCGGGAAGCGCCGGAGCAGCAAGAAAUCCAGCCGGCUCAACCGGGAGCCCCGGCAGCGCCACACGGCCAACGCACGGGAGCGCGACCGCACCAACAGCGUCAACACCGCCUUCACCGCCCUACGGACGCUCAUCCCCACCGAGCCGGCCGACAGGAAGCUCUCCAAGAUCGAGACGCUGCGGCUGGCCUCCAGCUACAUCUCCCACCUGGGCAACGUGCUGCUGGUCGGGGAGGCCUGCGGGGACGGGCAGCCCUGCCACACCACCCCAGGCUUCUACCACCCCAGCAGCGGCAGCAGCCCCCCGCUGCGGGAGAGCGAGAACUCUCAGCCCAAACAGAUCUGCACUUUCUGCCUCAGCAACCAGAGGAAGCUGAGUAAAGACCGAGACAGGAAGACGGCGAUUCGGAGCUAGGCCGUUUCGGAAAGGAGGAGCGGAAGGAGGAGGGAUGGAAAAGCCACACACACCAAACAAAGACACGGACAUUCCUGCCUUCCCCCUGCUGCCACGGAGAGCUGCACCUGGAGGAACGCGCCGGCCCCGGACACACCAAACAUCCUCCUGGCCGGGCCUGGCAGAUGGCAGACAGGGACCUGGGAGCUCCAGAAAGCUCCGCAGAUGGCAGGACUUCGAAGGAUCACACCCGCGGCACCGGGACACGGCGUGCGACAGCGAAGGCAACGCCAGCCCCCGCCCAGUGAACCAGAGGGGCGGAAAAGCUGAUC